AAGGCCUGUCCUGCCUUGGGACCAUGCAGGACGGCUGUCUCCCUCAGCUCUCAUUCUACCAGGAAGACCAGGGGUCCACCCAACAUGGCUACUACGGUUCAGGACAGUCGACCCUUUACACGGGUGGUCCGGAAGAUAAGAUGUGUCAGCAUGGUGAAUGGCCUCGCCAAGAGCUGGCAGAGCUGGGCCAAUCAGCAUUCGGUCAAACAAGAGACCAUACCUUCAGGAUGGGUCCCGGACUCUAUACAAGAGAAUGAAGAAAAGAAAGAGAGUGAAGCGAAACCAUCGGUGGUCUCCCGGGUCGUGAAAGUUGAUGGUAGCGAUGACUGCAAGAUCAAAACGAGUGUUGUGACCAAGAGUGUCACGCCCAAGAAGAGUGACUGCGGCAAUGAUCUGGUGAGCUCAAUCAAGGAAAAGAUAGAUUCCAACCAGCUGGUAUCGGAGGCCGAGAAACCAUUCCUAGGCAGUGAGUCGCCCACUAGGAGGCGCUAUUGUAGUUCCAAGGCCAGCAAUGGCGUAAGGGCCUGGAACCAAGUGGGCAAAGAGGAACCGAAGAUGGGAUCCCGCAGCAGUAGCCUAGACACAGAGGACAGUGGCUUGGGGGAGGAGGCAGGUCUCAGUGACAACAGCGACUACAAGAACAGCCAGAAUGAUGAUCAAGGGGAGAAACGCAAAAUCCGACAAAAGAUAAAGGUGACCACUAUGGGGGACCUGAAGAAUAAGUGGCAGCAGUGGUCAGAGCAGCACAUCGAAGGCCAGAAGCUGAACCCAUUCAGCGAGGAAUUCAACUACGAGCAUGCUAUGGCGGUGAGGCUGCAGAAGGGCGACCCUGGUUAUGGACGGCCAAAGGAGGGCUCCAAAACGGAGGAGCGCGCCCGCAGGGCCGAGAAACACAUCCACAGGGAGAUGGAGGAGAUGUGCUACAUCAUCAGGGACAUGGGCGUGAAGGGUAAGGAUGGCAAGGUCCGGAUCACCUUUGGCAGGCUCUUCGACCGCUACGUCAAGAUCUCCGACAAGGUGGUGGGCAUCCUUCUCCGCUGCCGCAAGCACGGCAUGGUCUGCUUCGAGGGCGAGAUGCUCUGGAAAGGGCAGGACGACAAUGUCGUCAUCACACUUGUAGACUGAUGGCGCUGCCUUGACCUGAUUGGCUCAUAGUUUGCCAAUCCUUGAAUGUCCUCUGAGCCAAUCGGCCACAGAUACAAAUUCUCCAGCCUGCAUAUCUUUUGUGUCUGUUGAUAUCACGUGAUAUUAGGAGACAUCUCAUUGUGAGUCUAGAUACCUUAAAGUAGACAGCUGCAACAUUUGCAAUCAAAUCAACCAUGUCUCUCUUAAGACAGCAAAUUACAUAAGGUGGCAAGAUUAAACAGCUGCCUGUGUUACACAAAUCUUUUAAAUGACAGGAAAAUAACUAGCAUCAGCAAACAGUUUUCGAUCAGGAGGUAGAGCAUUAAGAAAAGGGGUAAUCACUGUCAUGUCGUGACUUGUAUUAGUUUCUUGAUGAUAAAAUUUCUUUCAAAAUGAAAGCAUGUGAAACUUCUUACAGAAGGAUAUUUGACUAUUUAUUAAAAUCAUAUCCUUUUAAUAUUGUGUCAUUAUUUUGCAAUAAAAUACUCAGAGUUGC